AUGUCGUUGGUGGCUUCGCAUAAAUUGGACGAGGACCAGACCUCCAAGCUCCAGCAGCUUAUCGACUCCAUUGAGGAGAUUGUUGGAGCUACCGAGAACCGCGAGUACGACGAGAUUUACGGCUACAGAAUGGCCCCGGACGGCCAAGAACACGUGGAAACUGCCGCCCGCAACGAGAUUUUGCUCAAGUUUCUCAUUGCGUCCGAGUACGACGUGGCCGUGGCCAAGAAGAAGUUGACUGCGACGCUCAACUGGAGACGCAAGUUCAAAGUGCUCAGCGCCGCCUACAGAGAGACCUACGACCCGGAGCUCGAGAAGUUGGGCGUGAUUACCGACUACAAAAACAACAAGGACAACUUUCGCGUGGUGACGUGGAACUUGUAUGCGAAUCUCAAGAGCCCCAAGAAGCUUUUCGCCCAGUUCGGUGUUGACGGCGACAAGAAUGAGGAAGAGCUCGAAGGAACCAUGUUCUUGCGCUGGCGUGUCGGGCUCAUGGAGCGGGCAUUGCUGUUGUUGGAUUUCAGCAACGCCCACAACAACAAGAUUGCCCAGGUGCAUGACUACAACAACGUUUCCAUGUUCCGCAUGGACCCUGGAAUGAAGGCGGCCACGAAGCAGAUUAUCCAUGUUUUUGGAGAAAACUACCCUGAACUAUUGUCGAAAAAGUACUUUAUCAACGUGCCGCUCUUGAUGGGUUGGGUCUUUACGUUUUUCAAAGCCACCGGCUUUAUGAGUGCGGCUACGCUCAAGAAAUUCGAAAUGCUCAGCAGCGGAGACUUGAGCAGUGCUUUUGGAAAGGACAACUUGCCUAAGGAGUACAAUGGCGGGCAAGAAAACCCUCAGGUGCCGUCGAUUUUCACCUCAGCAGUAACAAAGACGGAGGUACCUGCGUACGGGGCGAUCGUGAUGGAGAAGUUCUUCAAAGACCGGACUAUUGAGAAGGAGAUCAAUACGGUGGACUAA